GAAAUAACACACUUCCGGUUGAAACAAUUAUUGUAAAUUUCAGUGUGCUCGCAAGUAUACCUUUGUAUACUUUCAGUCAGUCUGCCCAGUAUCAAUUCCAUCAAUCCCAAAAGCCAUGCACCGAUGAAGUAUAUGACGAUCCAGUCACAAAUAAGGACUGGACAACAUGGACAGUGACCACGACGAUCACGAUGAUCAUUACCAUGGCGAUCUUGAUGACCAUUACCAUGGAGACCAUGACGACCAUUACCACGGAGAUCAUGAUGAGAAUGACAGUGCUGAUCAGUCUGGGAAUGCUGGGGCAGCUGCCUUGACUGGGUUCUUAUUUGGAAACAUCAAUAAAUAUGGUGAAUUACAGGACGAUGUACUGGAUGAGGAGUCUAAGAGACAUCUUGGUCAGCUGAGUCAUCUGACCAGUAUAGGGACCCUGGUCCGGGAGAUCACAGAUGAUGGCGACGGUGGUGGUGGAGGGGAUACCCUGGCAGCCAGCAAUGAUGAUGAUGACUUUGAUAAGAAAUCAGACACUGCAGAAGAUUUUUCUGAUAUCAAUGAAGUAGCGGAGGAGGAAGAGAGAAUACGGGUUGCCAUGGGAAACCUCAGUGGUCCCACCACUGAGGGUGAUGAUUAUGAUGCAGAUGAGGAAGAGGAUAGCCAGAGAGACCAUACAGCCAUGCUUCCACCAUCUUGGAUUCCAAAUGGGGGAUCCCAUAGUUCUCCCAGGGGCCGAUCUGGCCAAUCAGAAGAGGAGCAGGUUGAUGGAGGAGCAACUGGUGGUGAAGGUGAUAUGGCGUCUUUUCAGCAUGCCUUAGAUCAGAGGAAAUUAAACACCCCACUGGCAUCCAUGUUACCCCCAGAGCUAGCUCAUGUGAAAGUCACAGAUUUAUUCCCCGAGUUUCGACAUGGACAGACCCUUAGAUUCUCCAGGUUGUUCAAACCUACAUACAUGCCACAUAUUUAUAGGAGGAAAAAGAAAAAAGAAGAAAAAGGGCAAGAUGAAGGUGAGAAGGAAGCCAGUGGAGAUGAAAGAGAGUGGAAGCUGAAGCUUGGGAGGCCAGCAAGGAGAGAUGAACUGUUGCCCGAUGACGAGUUGAUGAUGCUGAAGCAUUUAGAACCGAAGAAGUCAACUGUUGAUCAAGAUGGCAUACACCAGGGAGACCAGAAACCAUGUGUGGCAGCCUGGCGUUACGGUCCUGCAGCAUACUGGUAUGACAUGAUUGGAUUGGAUGAAACUGGGGAAGGAUUUAACUAUGGAAUGAAACUGAAAGAGAAAACUGAAGACAGCGAAGCCAAAGAAGAGAUCAGUGGUCCAGUAUAUCCUGACGAGGCGUUCCACAUGGUAACCCAGCUCCCCUGGGAGGAGGAUAUCAUCUGGAAUGGAGAAGAGGCCCGGCAGAAAGUGGUCCAGUCCAACAAACACAAGUCUGCCCUGGCUGGAUGGAUCCCCAGCUCGGCUCAUAGGACUGUGGCACAGUUUCUGGCCCAGAGUAAGACACCACAAAACUUGCCAGGAGGAAGCUACAAGCUGGGGACUUCUUUGAAUGUUUCCAAGAGCUUCAUGGACAUGGAAGAUGCUGAUGGUGAGAGCGGUAGCAAGAUUUGGUACUCCAUCUUUCCCAUUGAAAAUGAAGAGCUCAUCUAUGGCAACUGGGAAAAAGACGUCAUAUGGGAUGCUGAGGCCAUGGACCAUAUUCCUCAACCAUCGGUGCUAACACUGGACCCCAAUGAUGAAAAUAUCAUCCUUGAAAUCCCAGAAGACAGAGACCCUGGCGAGGAGAAGUCCACCACAUCCGGCAAAAAGGAGAAGGAAGUGAAGAAGUCCAAGAUUCUACUUGGAAAGGCAGGACUUAUCAAAGAAACUGAGGAGGAAGAUGAAGAUGAGGAGGAUUCUAUUCAGCAAAAAGAUCCCUUUAAUAUCUCCAAUGAUGAGCAUUACAACCCCAAGCUUACUAUGGAUAAUGCAUUGAGAACCAAUGUUGGAGGCAACUUAAUUCAGCAUUCCACUCCAGCAUGUGAACUCCGGCAGCCAUUUUUCCCAACACACAUGGGCACCAUGAAACUGCGGAAUUUUCAUCGUCCUCCCCUCAAGAAGUAUUCCCAUGGACCCAUGUCUCAGCACGGACCACAGGCCGUACUGCCUCUGCUGAAAACUAUAAGAAGGAAGGCAAAGAUGAGAGAACAAGAGCGACUGGCCUCUGGAGGAGGCGAGAUGUUUUUCAUGAGAACUCCUCAAGAUCUCACAGGGAUGGAUGGAGAACUGAUUUUGGCGGAGUACUCGGAGGAAUUCCCGCCUAUCCUCAUGCAAGUUGGCAUGGCAACCAAGAUAAAGAAUUACUACAAAAGGAAACCUGGCAAAGAUAACAACCCUCCACAGUUCAAGUACGGCGAGCUUGCGUACGCGCACACGUCUCCCUUCCUCGGCUCCCUGAAUCCAGGCCAGUGUUUGCAGGCAUUUGAAAACAACAUGUUCAGGGCCCCCAUAUAUGAACACAGGAUGAAGGAAAAUGACUUCUUAAUUAUCAGAACCAGACAGCAUUAUUUUGCCAGGGAGGUGUACACUAUCUUUUCAGUAGGACAGGAGUGUCCAUUAAUUGAAGUCCCAGGGCCUAACUCUAAGAGAGCCAAUAAUUUCAUCAGAGAUUUCUUACAGGUGUUCAUCUACCGUUUGUUUUGGAAAAGUAAAGACAACCCAAGGAGGAUAAAAAUGGAUGACAUCAAGAAAGCUUUCCCAUCUCACUCAGAGAGCAGUAUCAGGAAAAGAUUAAAACUGUGUGCAGACUUUAAGAGAACUGGUUUGGACUCCAAUUGGUGGGUGUUAAAACCAGACUUCCGUCUGCCGACUGAGGAAGAGAUGCGUGCGAUGGUUUCCCCUGAGCAGUGCUGUGCCUACUUCAGCAUGCAGGCAGCAGAGCAGAGACUCAAGGAUGCAGGCUAUGGAGAAAAGUCUUUGUUUGCUCCUGAGGAAGACAACGAGGAAGAUUUCCAAACUAAGAUUGAUGAUGAGGUACGCACUGCUCCCUGGAACACCACUAGAGCUUAUAUAGCAGCCAUCAAGGGAAAGUGUUUGUUAGCACUGAGUGGAGUGGCCGACCCAACCGGGUGCGGCGAGGGGUUCUCUUAUGUCAAAGUGCCUAAUAAACCACAGGCUAAGGAUGAAACAAGUCAGACUCCACAGAAGAAAACUGUUACAGGAACAGAUGCUGAUCUUAGAAGACUAAAUCUGAAAGAUGCCAAGCAGCUGUUGAAGAAGUUUGGGGUACCAGAGUCUGAGAUUAAGAAGUUGUCCAGGUGGGAGGUCAUCGAUGUGGUCAGAACUAUGUCCACAGAGCAGGCCAAAGCUGGUCAAGAAGGAAUGUCCAAGUUUGCCCGCGGCAGUAGAUUCUCCAUAGCAGAGCACCAGGAGAGAUACAAAGAGGAGUGCCAGAGGAUUUUUGAUCUGCAGAACAGAGUGCUAAGUUCCAUAGAAGAGCUGUCAACAGAUGAGGGCUCAGACUCGGAACAUGACUCAGAUAUAGAGGAGAUGGGCAAAAACAUAGAAAGCAUUCUCACUAAUAAGAAAACAUCCACACAGUUGAGCCACGAGCGUGAGGAACAGGAGAGAAGGGAGCUGCACAAGAUGCUGAUGGAAGGACACAAAACUGAGAAAGGAAAGAAGGAGAAAGAAAAGGGGAAGAAGAAGAAAGAGAAGAAGCAGAAGGUUGCAGAGGGAAUGUCUGGCGACGAGGGAGAAACUGUGGGUGGCAGAUAUCUGAAGAUCACAAGAACAUUCCGCAAUGAGGAAGGGAAGGAGUUUGUCAGGACAGAGAUAGUACGCAAGCCUGCCGUCAUUGACACUUAUGCCAGGAUAAGACAGACCAAGGAUGAAACAUUUAUAAAACAAUUUGCCACUCUGGAUGAACAACAAAAGGAGGAAAUGAAGAAAGAAAGACGGAGAAUUCAGGAGCAGUUGAGGAGGAUUAAGCGUAACCAGGAGAAGUUCAAGGAGGAGGGUCCGACUCCACCUCCCACCAAGAAGAAAAAGAAGAAGAAAGAUGCUCCUUUGCUGAAGAUGAAGUGCGGUGCCUGUGGACAAGUAGGCCACAUGAGGACAAACAAAGAGUGCCCAGUUUACAAGACCGGUGUUUUGGGCGGUGCUGGUGGUGGCGCUGGCACCGGUGGUGGUGGUGGAGCUGGGGGCGGAGGUGGUUCAGGGCCAGCUACUCCUUCUGUGGCUCCGACACCGACACCGGUUGCCAUGACAGAGGAGCAAGAGGAAGAAGAGGAGAAGAGUUUGCUAACAGACCAGGAGCUGGUGAACGUGGAGGGAACUAAGAUUAAGUUGUCAAAGAAUUUACUGGAACAUGCUGAGAAUGUCAAGAGGAAAUCCUUGGUGCUGAAGUUCCCCAAGCAGGCAAUGGAAAACAAAAAGAGGAGGCGAGCAGGCACCAUUGUGCAUUGUGACUAUCUCAGUAAACCCACCAAAGCCAGCCACAGGAGGAGGGCAGACCCAGUGAUCACACUCAACUCAAUCUUUGAGAACAUCCUCAAUGAAAUUAGGGAUCUUCCUGAUACUCAACCUUUCCUGUUCCCUGUGAACUCCAAAGUGGUUCCAGAUUAUUACAAGAUUAUCAAGAAACCCAUGGAUCUUCAAACCAUACGGGAGAGCAUAAGAAGCAAGAAAUACCAGUCACGUGAGUCUUUCCUGGUGGACAUCAACCAGAUGGUGGAGAAUAGCAAGCUGUACAAUGGAGUAAAAAGUGUUCUGACAUUAACUGCCCAGGCCAUGUUGGAUCUGUGCUUACAGAGGUUUGCGGAGAAAGAAGAUAAGCUGAUGAGGCUUGAGAAAGCCAUCAACCCACUUCUAGAUGAUGAUGACCAAGUGGCAUUCUCCUUCAUUCUAGAAAAUAUUGUCCAGACAAAACUCAAAUUGGUGGAUAAUUCUUGGCCCUUCCACCAGCCUGUAAACAAGAAGUUUGUCAAGGAUUACUAUGAGAUCGUGAAGAACCCCAUGGACCUGAGCAUGUUACUACGGAACAUACAACGUCAUAAGUACCACACGCGCAGCCAGUUCCAGGAGGACGUGGAUCUUAUUUAUGUGAACAGUAUCAAGUAUAAUGGUGGGGAUAGUGCGUACACGGCCACAGCCAAACAGAUAUCUGAUGUGUGCAGAGAAACUUUGGCAGAGAAUGAAGAACACCUCCUUCAACUUGAGGAGGGGAUUCGUGCAGCUCAAGAGGCAGCUUUGGAUGCCGUGGAAACGGAUAGUAUCAUGACCAGGUCUUCUAUGAAUGAUACCUCUAUGAUGGGUGCGGACAAUGAAAGUGUGGAUAGUUACAGUGUGAGAGAGAAUAUUACCAUAGUAGAAGACAGUCAUAUGCAGGCAGACGACAGCAAGUUUGAGAUGAUGGAAGAAGAAGAAGACAGCAAAUUUGGAGAUGAAUCACAAAUGGAUACUUCUGAUGGAAACAAGAAAUUGUUUCUUGAAGAUAGCGAGUAUGUUGAUAUUGAAGGAGAUGAAGAAUACUCUAUGGAUGUCAGUGAGCAAAGUCAGCCUGUUUUGGCACAGGAUGAAAACAGUGUUUUGGUCCAAGAUCUACAGAUAUCUGAAGGAGAAGAAAGUGAAGGAGAUAGAGAUGACCAAUCACCCGAGCCUGGUCGCUAUGACAACAGCAUGCAAGACUCGCAGUCAGCGUAUGACAACGCAGACAUGCCUCAGUACUACUUUGACAACCAAUCGGGGCUCAAUAGUCAAAUGGUCAACCAAUUUAAUGACAGUGAUGAUGAAAAUUUUGACCCCUCUGAGUUCUUUAUCCAAAAUGAGCCCGCUGAGGGAGGUGAAGGUCAAGAAGGUCAAGGUCAGGAGGAUCAAGGUGACAACCUCAAUCAGGACCUGGAAGUCUCGGAGUCUGAGAGUGAGGGAGGAGAAGAAGGAUCCAGGAAUAACAAUCCACAGCCUUUUGAUUUUGAUGAGUUUUUGAAUGACUGAAAAAGUGAUACAAUUUUUUUAAAUUGUAGAGUGAUCUAAAGGGAUAUUUUUCAAAGGUUACUUUAAAACAAAAUUUUUAAUUGUAGAGUGAUCUAAAGGGAUAUUUUUCAAAGGUUACU